UUUAAAUGAGAAAUAACUGAUUCAUAUGUGUUUUUGUGCUCACGCAGCCUUAUUUGCUUGUUUCGUCUUUCUCCCUAAAAAUCAAAUGAAUGUGAAAACCCCUUUACUUGUGAACAGGUGUGCAAUGACUUGCUAUGAUCAAACCGCUUAAUACGCUAUUAUAUCGAAGGAAUUGCGCGAAAGAACUGGCGGGUACAAUCGGUACUCACGUGGGCAGAUAAAGUCAAAAUAAUAGAUUUCAUAGGAAUUGACAGCGUGCGUUCUCGCGACGGGAAAACCAGCGCUUCACAAAGCUGCAAAGGCUGAUACAACAGCAGAUAAUACAGUAAUAAAAAGACCUCGUUCGUUCUAUUUACUGAUUCAAAAUGAGAGUGAUUGCUUUGAUCAGUGGUGGAAAAGACAGUUGUUUUAAUAUGAUGCAUGCUCAUCUCGAAGGCCAUGAUAUAGUUGGUUUGGCUAACCUUUAUCCAAGUGAUACUAGUAAAGAUGAACUUGAUAGCUACAUGUAUCAAACUGUCGGUCAUGAGGCAAUCGAACUUUAUUCAGAAGCAAUGGAAAUUCCUUUAUUUAGAAGAAAAAUAUCUGGCACAUCCAAAAUAAUUGAUCUGAAUUAUGUGCCUGAUGACAGUGAUGAAGUCGAAGAUCUGUAUGAAUUACUAAAGGAAAUUCAGAGAACGCUACAUUUUGAUGCAGUCGCCAGUGGAGCAAUUUUAUCUGAUUAUCAGAGGAUCAGAGUUGAAUCUGUUUGUUCGAGACUUGGUGUUACAAGUUUAUCAUAUUUGUGGAGAAGAAAUCAAGAAGAACUCCUGCAGGAAAUGAUUGCCAGUGGAUUGAAAGCUGUUUUGAUAAAAACAGCAGCUCUUGGACUUGAUCCUAGAAAGCAUUUGGGAAAAACUCUAAAUGAAGUUUCAGAAACAUUACACAAGUUGAAUAAAGAGUAUGGUUGUCAUGUGUGUGGAGAGGGAGGAGAAUUUGAGACAUUUACAUUGGACUGCCCUCUGUUCAAGAAAAGAAUUGUAAUUGAUGGCAGUGAUAUAAUAAUACACUCAGAUGACUAUUUUGCACCAGUUGGUUAUUUGAAGUUGAAGAAAAUGCAUUUGGAACAAAAGUCUGAAAGUGACAUUCGACAUGUCGACAAAUGGCAUCUUCUUUCUUCAAAAAAGUGGGAGGAAAAAUACGUAUCUGAGCUCAACACUGACAAACCUGACUCAGGAAUCAACAAUGAUGGAGAAUUUUUACGGAUUUCAUGGGAAGAAUCUGCCACUGUGGAUCCACAGAAUGAGCCUGGGGUGACCAAUCAUGAGAAAUUUCUAACGGUAUCGAAUCUAGUAGGAACAACCUCAGAUGAAGUUACUUCAGAUAUUGUAGAAAUAGUGACAUUACAACUGCUUGAAAAAUUAGUAGGAAUCUUGUCAAAACAUGGACAUAAACAAGAUAACAUUUGCUAUGUUCAAGUGAAUGUAUCUGAAAUGUCACAUUAUAAACAUAUCAACAAAGUUUAUACUCAAUUUUUCAAACAAAAUCCUCCUGCUAGAGCAUGCAUUGGUUGCAUCAGUAAUUCCAACAGAACAGAUAAAAAGACAAUUCUUCAAAUUUAUUGUAUAUCAUGCAAAGAUCAUUCCAGUAAGAAAUGUAUGCAUGUUCAAGGAUUAUCUCAUUGGGCACCUGCAAAUAUAGGACCUUUCAGUCAGUGUGUUCUGGUGGAUGAUUUACUAUUUGUGUCAGGAACUAUAGCACUUAUACCAGGAAACUUACAAUUGAUAACUGGUGGAGCAGAAACCCAAGCCUCACUUGCUCUGCAUCAUGUUGAGAAUGUUAUGAAUGCAAUGUCCAGAACUUCUUUAAAAAGUUUCAUGCCGUGUAUAUGUUACCUCACAAAUGUUGAAGAUAUAUCUCAUGGCAUAAAAGCAUGGACUUGUGGAACUGAUAACAGUGAUAAGAUCUGUGAAGUUAUCUAUCUUGUCGUGAACGAAUUGCCAAAAGAAGCAUCUGCUGAAUGGCAAGGAAUCGCAUUAUCUUUAACAGAAGAAUGUGAAAUUGGGUGUCAUUCUGGGCAUUCAAAACAUAGCAACAUUGUUGUAACUUGGAAUUAUUAUAUGGCAGCAAUGGAAAAUAAAGAAGUUUACUCAUUUACAUCUUCUAUAAGUCUUGCUUCAGGACAUGUUACUUCACUGGAAUUGAAACACUGUAUCAACUACAUCCAAGAUAGUGUCAGAUCAUGGUUGAGUGAUUGUCAUUUGAAUGAACAGCAUAUCGUACAGGCCUCUGUUUUUUACACUGGAGAAAACCUUUUACCUGAAAGCGUCCUCGAGUAUUGGAAUAAAGCUGAUAAAUGUUCACAAAUGCCUCUCAUCACACCAGUACAAGUGAAGAAAAUAUAUAUUAAUAAUAGAUUCAAUUGCAUGACAAUUUCUUGUUUAGCCUACAAAAAAAUAAAACAGUGAGAUUAAA